AUGACCCAAGAGUGACUGUGGCAGGUCAUAGAUCCAUCACUGGGAGGCCCUUGCACCCUCUCAGCUCUGCUCUGCAGUUCAGCUGCAGCCGUUGUACUACUGAAAUGGCUGGGACAUAGGCAGAUCCAGCAGAAGAUGGAGGAGGCGAGGAGGAAACGGGAUGUGUCCCUGGAGCAAAUGGAGAAGGCAGCUCACAGGUUUAAGCAAGAGAAUGCAGGCACUCAGACGCACAUCUUCUCACUGCUGAUGGUGGAGCUGGUGGAGAAGCUGAAUGAGGGGUCCCUGUCCCCAGAAAGUGUCCUCUACUCCUACACAGGCAAAGUGAACGCUUUGGAGGUGACUCGGGAGGUGAACUGCGUGAUAGACUUCAUUCAUGGCUGUGAUGAUCAGCUCCAGAAACUGAAGAAGAAGGGGCUGCUCUACGGCAUUCCUAUUAGCAUCAAGGAUCACAUUAACUGCAAGGGCCACAUCUCCUCUGGAGUGAUGGUGAAGUUUCUCGGCCAAGUGAAGGAAAAAGACAGUGUCACCAUCCAGGUUCCAAAAAUCCAGGGGGCAAUCCCCUUCAUUAAAAGCAACAUCCCACAGAUGAUGAUAAACUAUGACUGCAGCAACCUCAUCUUCGGCAUGCUGAACCCUCUCAACCACCAGAAGAGCCCCGGGGGCUUCUUGGGAGGGGAGGGAGCUCUGAUCGCAGGGAAAGGCUCCAUCCUGGGCAUCGGGUUGGAUGUAGUUGGCAGCAUCUGCCUGCCAUCCAGCUUCUGCAGGCUGCGUGGGCUCAAACCCACAGGCAACAGGAUCAGGUACAUCCCAACAUCUGUCCUCUUCUUCCACUCACCGUGGUGGCUGGACAGGGAUGCUGGAGCUGAUGGCGAGAGACAUGGACAGCCUGGCCUUCUGCAUGCGCUGCUCUGCGAGGAGAUGUUCUGGCUGGACCCCACCAUGCCCUGCCCACCCCGUCCUUUGAUGAGGAGCGACAUCCAGAACAAUCUUGUUGGCUCCAGCCUGGCCCAGUCCCUCAAGGAGCUGAUUUCUCCUGAUCGGAAGAAUUCACCCCUCACACCUUUAAUUACAGAGCCUGAUUUAACAGUCACUGACCUAAGAAAUCACUGCCCUUUGCCAUUAGCUCUCUGCUUCUACCAUCUGAUCGUGUCUUUCUGCCUCAGAGGGAUGGUUUUCUUGCAGCUUGUCCCCGUUGCACCACCCAAGAUUGACUAUAUGGCAGAUGAGCUGUUCACCAGAGAUUUUAAAGGAGACAUCAUGGAUCCUAACCUGAAAUCCCAGUUCAAUACUUACAGGCUUCCUGCUCCAGUGAAAAGGAUCUUGGCUAUUAUUUUGAAACCCCUAUACCUACGAAUCGCUUGGGAUCUCAGCGCGCUCUGUGGAGUGGGGUCUGCCAAAAACCUCUGGGAUCAGCAUGGAGCAGUGGCGGUUUACUGCACUAAAUUCAUUGCCAAAUGGAGGAAGCUAAGGCUGGAUGUGAUUCUUUGUCCUGCGCUGGGGCCAGUCUUUAACCAUGGCUACGCUGGGAAGCUAUCUGCUGCAACCUCCUAUACCAAUUUAUACAAUGUCAUAAACUUCCCUGCUGGUGUGGUGCCAGUCAGCACAGCCACAAGAGCUGAGGAAGAACUGAAGCAUUACCAAGGGCACUACAGAGACCCGUGGGAUAAGAGGCUGAAAGACGCUGUGGAAGGAGCUGUGGGGCUGCAGGUGGCCAUCCAAUGUGUGGCUCUGCCACGGCAGGAGGACCUGUGCCUUAGCUUCAUGAAGGAGGUGGAGACACUUGCCCACAGCAUGAAGAGAAAUGUGUGA